AUGUUUUCCCUCAAAGUACAGUCCUUGCUCUUAGCUCUCUCGGCCACCUCUUUCGCCAGCCCGGACUGCAAAAUCUCACCUGCAGAUUCCGCUUGGCCCUCUUAUGAUGAGUGGGGUGCGUUGAAUCACUCGAUUGGGGGAGUCCUGAUCAAGACUGCCCCUGUCGCCUCGUCUUGCUAUUCAGGAAACCCGUUUGGUUCGCCCCAGAAUUGUACGGACGUGCAGAGUAAAUGGUCAUAUGCAGCAUUCCACGCAUCCGUGCCAGAGAGUAUCGAUUUUCCAAUCUACACGAACAAUUCCUGCGUUCCUGAUGGAGCCACCGGCUAUACGGAGGGAAAAGGCUGCAGCAUCGGUGGCCUGCCACAAUAUAUUGUGAAUGCCACGACAGAACACCACAUCGCCAUGGCGAUGAGAUGGGCCUCGCAAAGAAAUAUUCGAAUCGUGGUGAAGGGAACCGGACAUGAUCUCAGUGGUCGGUCAACCGGAGCGUUCGCACUUUCUAUCUGGACGCACAAUCUCAAGCACAUCAAACAUGAUAAUGCCUGGCUCUUACCCGGUCGCAACGAGACAGCGGACGUUUUAUUCUGCGGUAGCGGAAACAACUGGGGAAACGUCUACACUGCAGCCCAUCGCUUCAAUAGAAGUGCCGUCGGCGGUGAAGAUUCUACUGUAGGACUCGGGGGCUUGAUCCAGAACGGUGGUCAUGGAUAUCUAUCCAGCCACUAUGGACUUGCAUCAGACCAGGUAUAUCAAGCCACUGUGGUCACAACUGAUGGUCGAAUUCUUGUCGCAAACAGCGUGCAGAAUCAAGACCUCUUUUGGGCCAUUCGUGGUGGCGGUGGCGGCCAAUAUGGUGUGGUGACGGAAUUUGUUUUGAAGACACAUCCCGUUCCAGAAAAUGUUGUCAAGGGGAGCCUUGUGUUCUAUGCGACCGAAGACUCUGGUAAAAGUGUGAAUGCCUCCUGGAGCGCCUUGACCGAGGUUGUUUCUCUCAUCCCGGAUCUAAUGGAUGAUGGCUUGCUCGGUAACUUUACAGCAUACACCAAAACAAACUCAUUGGCGCUUGGCUUCAGCGAGGCACCACCGGGCGUCUCAGCAGUCAUCGGGCUUAUCGGUUACAAUAAAACAACAGACCACAUGAACAAUAUUGUCAGCAACCUAGCAAACCGUAUCAACACCAUUGGCUCUGCUCGCUACCUGAACAUUUCAGUUGAACAAGCGACAACCCAAAGCUACUGGUCCUUUGUCUAUCCAGACGCUUCCCUCAGCCACACUGCCGGUGCUGUCAGUUUGAUGACCAGCCGGCUAAUGGGCCGUAGGGAGCUAUCAGAUAUCCCUCGGGAGCAAUUGACCACAUACCUCAAAGAGGCCCUACAAGCUGAGGAUGAGGAAACCGGGACAAUGUUGUUGUUUGGCUUGCAAGGAGGUCGCGGGACUGCUAGUGUCCCAGAGGACAUGCGCGGCAGCGUUCUUCCUGCUUGGCGCAGCGCAUAUGCUCAUGUUUUCACCUUGGGCGCAUCAGUCAACGCCACGGGUGACCCAAGCGAAUCCCUAAGGGCUGGUGCCGACUGGUAUGAAGCCGUUAAGGAGCCUCUCUGGGCAAAAUGGGCACCUGACACCGGGUCCUACAUGAACGAAGGCAACCCCUUUUGUAGCGCAUGGAAGAAGGAUUUCUAUGGUGAAAAUUACGACAAGCUUCUUUCGAUCAAGCGCAAGUAUGAUCCCUCUGAGAGUUUGUUUGUCUGGACUGGUGUCGGGAGUGACUUCUGGAACUAUGACUUGCAGACUGGUCUGCUCUGCCGAGUGGCACCGGGAACAGUGGAAGAACCCCUUUGA